AUGUCUCCGAACACUCUGAAGGAACAUCAAUUGAAGAUGAUUCAGCGGGCAGACCUUUGUGAAGACAAUGCAGACGCGAUCAAGACAAGCGACUACUCCAACCGUGCCCGUCCAUUUCCAGCCAUCUCUCUCACGCGCGAGUGCAAUAUCAAAGGCACCGAAGCUGCCAGAAUUGCGAGUGAGAAUAUAGCGAAGACGUCCAAGUGGCAAGGUUUCGGACAGAGCGAUGAAGCCGUUGACGCUCUCUUCACCCAGAAACAAGUUGGUGAUGGCAAUACUCAUCGCAAUAGCUUGGAACAGCAAAAGAGACAAGAGGAGGAACGUCUCGGGCAUAAGCUUGACCUCGAAGAUACGUACAAUGACUAUGGUGGCGGUCGACGAACCGGCAAGAGAAGUGUCUCCGUCCAUAAUCGCCCUCCACCAGUGUAUUCUGCUCAAUCAGUCCCCAGCACGCGUCCACCUUCUGCUGUGCCAAAGGAAUCAUUAUUUCCGAACAGUAAGGCAGUUCAGGCCCGGCCCUGGCCUCCUCCAGCUUUCGAAAGUACACCUUCCAUGGCACUUAUUGCGAAGAUAAACCAGUCACUUGGCAAACCCAGUACGGACAAGCCAUCUGUCAUGUAUGCAACUCCUAAAGUUGCUGCAAACGAACUCAAUCUCAAGCAGCGUUCCCUUACACUUCCGGCUCAGUCUUAUGGGUUUAAAUUGGUGGAAGACCCAGCACUGUUUAUGUCGACUGUCAAGGGCAAAUUAGGAACUUGGAUGCAGGAGGAGCAGACAAACGCCCAGGAGACGUCGCCUUCCGAUGCGAAUGCUUCCCAAGACGCUCUACUGCCUUCCUCAACUGAGCCUACUGCUCAGCUCAAGCAUACGUCCGCUGAGCGUCUUGAUGAUCCUUCUAUUCGACGAGUUCCAGUUGACGAAUUCUCCUUCUCCGUUGCUAACGUUCUAGCCCCAGGCGAUAUCCCGACGCAUACAGAUGGUGCACCGAGCCCUGCUGCACUCUCGGGUUUCUCGACCUCAACCACAAACCAGGGAGAGCUCUUGACCGGAAUUCAGGCUGUCACCAAUGAUCUCAUUGGUCUUGGUAUUCAAGAUGCUAUGGUAUCCGGUGAUCGUCUCAUGCCAACAGCUCAUGGCGGCGCCGAUACUGCGCAUGCCAGUCCACUCUCACCCAGUGGCAGCAUUUUAGACUCACCAAUCCUGGACAACGUCAGCAGUGAAGCCCUUGCUGCCGAUAACCCUAAAGUCGUCAUUAUCAAUGGUCGUCGAUAUGUCCUCGAAGAGGAACUGUUGUGUCUCAAGGAAGCGAUUGGAAACCAACCUGGCAGUGCUGCUACCAAGGUCGUCCUCGAUUUCCCUUCCAAGCCAGUUCCUGAAGCUGCUCCUGUCCUUGAGCCGUCCUUGACCUCUUCGACGCUCGCCUCUACCGCAUCUAUUGCAAUUCGCCCAUCCCGGCCUAUCAACCCGUUCGCCCCUCGCGAGCCAUUGGCGACAAACGACACCAACAUUGCGGCAGCACCGAUCUCAUCUCCCAUUGUCAAGAAAGACCCAGGCCCACCGCCUACCGCUGCGAAACCAGCAGCUCGACCUUCCUCGGUUGUCACAAGCAAUAAGACCAUCCAUUCGAAGUGGGCUGAUGAGCCGUCCUCCGGUCUGACUAACCGUCCCGCUGCACCAGUCAUGCGUUCUCCAUCAUCAAUAAUUGGUGAUCGCAAGGUUUUCGGCCACCUCUCGAAAGAAGCCGCCGAGGGCCAGAAAUAUGAUCCCCCUCCCCCUCGAGUCAAGCCUGUGGCACCCAAGCGUUUCAACCAGGCUCCUACCCCGGGUUUGGCGAUGUUGCUGAGGGAUAUGGCUGCUGCCGGACAUCUGCAUUCCGCCGCAGCUGAGGAUGACGAGGAGUUGUGA